UACGUCAUUUCCUCUUCCGGGUCUCGUGGAAGAAACGUUACAUGUACGGAGCGGCUAAUCAGAAAGUUUGAAAGAAAUGUUCAGGCUUUAGAGAUUUGUACCCUUGAAAUUAGAUUCUUUUUGUGGGUAAUUUAGAGUAUAUCUAAAGUAAAGAGGAUUGUAGACAAAACUGAGAGGGCAGAAGGAUGUCUCUUCCCAAGCGGGAGGUGGAGGAGUUGAGACCGUGGGUGGAGCGCACUGUGAAGAAGGUGUUGGGGUUUUCAGAGCCCACGGUGGUCACUGCAGCUUUACACUGUGUGGGGAAAGGAUUGGACAAAAGGAAGACCACGGACCAGUUGCGUCCCUUCCUCGAAGACUCAGCUGGUGGAUUUGUUGAACGUCUUUUUGAAGCUCUUGAGGAAAGUAGAAGCAGCCGUGGCAGCAAAGGAUCUGGAGAAAAGAACCGGAAGAGAGAACUUAAGGAUGUAUUUGGGGAGGAGCAUGACUCUGGUGCAAAGAGGGAAACAUCUGAGACAGCAGAUGGGACGGUAGUAAAGCGAAAACGAACACCUCGGUUUCAAGAAGUGGAGGAGCCUGAGGUCAUCCCAGGACCUCCUUCUGAAAGCCCUGGCAUGCUUACCAAACUGCAGAUCAAGCAGAUGAUGGAGGCUGCCACAAAACAAAUAGAAGAAAGGAAGAAACAACUGAGCUUUUCUUCGGUCCCUUCUGCUGCAUCACAGUUGGAUGGCUCACGGCUUCUGGGCGCCGCUGGUGCCUCAUCUGUUGCCCCCUCGCAGGCUGCCAGCUUUAUGAAUGAUGCUAUUGAAAAAGCCCGCAAGGCAGCAGAGUUGCAGGCCCGCAUUCAGUCCCAGUUAUCUGUGAAGCCUGGUAUCCUGGGAGCCUUGGGAAACACCGGACCUCACAACCUGGUAGCACUUGCUAAUCUACAUGCCAUGGGAAUUGCUCCACCUAAAGUGGAGAUUAAGGAAGUGAACAAGCCAACACCCCUCAUUCUUGAUGAGAAGGGAAGAACUGUUGAUGCCACUGGCAAAGAGGUUGAACUUACGCACCGCAUGCCCACACUCAAAGCUAACAUACGGGCGGUAAAGAGGGAACAGUUCCGUCAGCAACUGAAGGAGAAACCUAGUGAUGAUUUGGAGUCAACAUCAUACUUUGACAACCGUGUGCUCAUUACGCCUGCCCAGCGCCUCCGCAGAGGCUUCAAAUUUCAUGAGCCCGGACGGUUUGAGAAGAUUGCCCAGAGAGUUCGAACCAAGGCCCAGUUGGAACGGCUUCAGAAUGAGAUUUCCCAGGCUGCUAAAAAGACAGGAAUUCAGGCUUCCACCAAACUGGCAUUGAUUGCGCCUAGAAAGGAGAUUGGAGAUGGGGAAGUACCCAGUAUUGAGUGGUGGGACUCCUUCAUCUUGCCCUCCAACAUAGUUUUCAAACCGGAAACGAGGUUUGAUAACGUGGAAUUUUUUGGAGUAACAAACCUGGUAGAACACCCUACACAAAUGAGACCUCCUGUGGACACUGAUAAACCAGUAACCCUGGGUGUGUAUUUGACAAAGAAAGAACAGAAGAAACUAAGGAGACAAACGCGGAGGGAGGCACAAAAAGAAUUGCAGGAAAAGGUCCGUCUUGGAUUGAUGCCACCACCGGAACCUAAAGUUCGUAUCUCCAACUUGAUGAGAGUCUUGGGGACGGAGGCGGUCCAGGACCCCACUAAAGUAGAGGCCCAUGUGAGAGCACAGAUGGCAAAAAGACAAAAAGCUCAUGAGGAAGCCAAUGCAGCUCGAAAGCUUUCAACAGAGCAAAGAAAAGAGAAGAAGGUCAAGAAGUUGAAAGAAGACCUCACUAACGGAGUUCACAUUUCAGUGUACAGAAUCCGUAACCUGACAAAUCCUGCAAAGAAGUUUAAGGUGGAGGCCAAUGCAAACCAGCUGUACCUGACUGGAACAGUAGUUCUGCACAGAGAUGUUAAUCUUGUUGUUGUAGAGGGAGGCCCUAAAUCCCAGAAAAAAUUCAGGAAGUUGAUGCUGCAUAGAAUCAAGUGGGAAGAACACAGUAGCAAAAGAGAUGAUCCAGAUGUUGAUGACACAAAGAGAAACAACAAGUGUUGGUUGAUUUGGGAGGGAACAGGUAAAGAUCGAAGUUAUGGAGAGAUCAAGUUCAAGCAGUGUCCCACAGAGAGCAUGGCCCGAGAACACUUCAAGAAGCACGGAACAGAACAUUACUGGGACCUUGCCCUCAGCCAUAGUGUGUUGGACGGCACCGAUGAUUGAAACCUUCGAGGGGAGAGAUCUGUUUCAAAUAAGGACUGCUACAGUCAAACCUGCAGACCUGCUGCCUCACAAUAGCCAGAAUUAUCUAUUGGCUGCUGAGGAGGAAGGAACAAAGACUCAAUAAAGAGACUUCAACAGAAAAUACGGGGCACAUUAAACCUGUUUUUCUAAGAAAAAGUGAGCUCCUGUGUAUACAAGGCAGUAUAUGUAGUUUUGCAUUUAGUUGAUUUCAUUGGAUGCAAGUCUGUCCUGUUUAGACCGACUGAUUCCGACCUAAAUCAGUCUGUUUCGGCUCAUUUUCUGCUAUAAAAUCCUCAACUUAAAUCAUAUUGUCUUUGUUGAUUAGGAAGAAUGUCCUAAUGACAACACACUAUCACUAAGUUGACCUUUUACUUUUUGAAGUUUAUUUUUUGAAACCUUGCUUUUAGACACCUUUCACACAGUUACCGCAUCAUUUAUUUUUUGACCCAUCAGUGUGUUGACCCCCUAUCCACAGAGGUUAGCCAUGUUUCCUUGUAACAUUUAAAACUGCCUUAAUUAAAAAAUGUGAAAAAAAGA